CGUCGAGAGCCCGUACGGCAGCUGUACUGCAGACGUGUGAUUGCGGCGGGUCCCGAGGUCCGCCGUACACCCCCGGCUCCGCUAGCGACCAUCACAGCCGGCCGGCUGACCGACCGAGCCACCGAAAAUGGCUGCAGACUGGGCUGAGAUCCGCCGGCUGGCGGCCGACUUCCAGCGAGCGCAGUUCGCCAGCACCGCGCAGAGGUUAUCGGAACGAAACUGUGUUGAAAUUGUUGCUAAGCUGAUAGCGGACAAACAGUUGGAUGUGAUACACACAUUGGAUGGUAAGGAGUAUAUCACUCCAGCUCAAGUUGCUAAAGAGAUGCAGGAUGAGCUGUACAUUCAUGGAGGCAGGAUAAAUAUUGUGGAUCUUCAACAUAUUCUCAAUGUGGAUCUAACACACAUUGAAAGCAAAGCAAGUGACAUUGUUAAAUCAAACCGAGAUGUUCAGCUUGUUUUAGGCCAGCUGAUCGAUGAAGCCUACCUGGAUCGAAUGGCAGAAGAGGUAAACGAUCGCCUGCAGGAAGCUGGGCAUGUGACCAUAGCAGAACUCUGUAAAUUGUAUGAUCUUCCAAUUGACUUUCUCACAGAGGAAUUAUCACGUCGCCUCGGCAGAAUUAUAAAUGGACAGAUGGACACCUAUGAUCGAGGUGUCAUUUUCACAGAUGCGUUCAUUGCCCAACACAAGGCCAGGAUUCGUGGACUUUUCAGUGCGGUGACUAGGCCAACACCAAUAAGCUCUUUGAUAUCUCAAUACAAAUUUCAAGAACAUCUUCUUUAUUCUUUUCUUGAAGAGUUCAUUAGUAUCGGUCGUUUGAAUGGAGCAGUGAUUGGUGGCAGACAGGACAAGGCCGUCUACGUCCCUGAUAUAUAUUCCAGAACUCAAAAUAACUGGGUCGAUUCAUUUUACAAGCAAAACGGCUAUUUGGAAUUCGAUACUCUGUCUCGGCUGGGAAUCCCAGACCCAGUGAGUUAUAUAAAGAAGCGAUACAAAUCGGCAUCAAUGACCGUAUUGAAAGCGGUGUGUGUUGACCAGACCAUUGUGGAUCAAGUGGAGGCUUCAGUAGAGGAGGCUAUCCGUUCUGGCACGUGGGUGGAUAUACAGCCCCUAUUGCCCAGUUUGUUCUCUGUGGAAGAUGCCUCCAUUUUACUCCAGCAGUUAAUGAGGACAAUGAACAAGCAUUCUGCUUCCAGGAUCUUUGCUGAUACCAUUGUGGUCAGUGAACAAUUUAUCAGCAGCUGUGUGGCACUGUUUGAGCAGAGGAUGCAGCACAAGGCAGAAAAGGAGCUGCAGAACAAUCAUGCACAUGUGUUAACAGAGGAGGACCUGAAGCAAGCUGCCAUUAUUGCAGAAAGUAUGAUCUCGGUUAAAAAGGACAAGCGAGAGGACAGGAAGAAGAAAGCAUUAGAUGGCAGUGGAAGCACCCGAGCAGGAGGCGGUGGCAACGCAAGAGAAAUCAGGACCAAAAAGAGCAAGAAGAGAGGAAAGAAAGAUGAAGAUAGUGAUGAAGAGACCCAAAGCACAGGUAAACACAAGCCAAAGGAAGUACUUUUCUUGCCGAAAGAAGAAAUUGAAAGCAUUUUAAGGAGUUACAACGAGGAGUGUCCUGAGGAAAUGAUAAGUGAACUCGCUGAACAUUUGAUCAGACCUUUAAACAAGAGCUAUCAGGAAGUGUUACACACGGUGUUCACAUCCACUGCCUCCUCCACCUCAGGGGCAAGUCGGAAAAAGACGGUGAAAGAACUACAGGAGGAGGUCUCGCAGUUCCACAACAACAUAAAGUUGUUUGAGAAGGGAGCCAAGCUCUUUACAGAUGACACACAAGUUCAAUUAGAAAAGCACUUGUUGAAGACCAUUUCCACUGAUAUUUGCAAUCUCCUUUUCAAUUUCGUGGCUGGGGACCUCAUGAUGGCAGUGGAAAACUACACGUCAAUAACCUCAGAGCUCAGAUUGAAAAUUCUGGCAAAACUACCCGAGGAAACCAGAGGUCCUCUUUUGAAGCUACAUAAUUCACUGAAUGGCAAAUGCAUUGAGGAAUUUCUAUCCGUUUUGGAUGGCGCGACAGAUGUUUGUGGAAUUAUGCUGAAAAAGGGCGACAAAAAGAAAGAAAGGCAGGUCCUGUUCCAGCACCGGCAGGCAUUGCUUGAACAAGUCAAAGGGACCGAGGACCCAGCGCUGGUUCUGCAUCUGACCUCCGUUCUGUUGUUCCAACUCUCAACGCACCACAUGCUUCAUGCACCUGGCAGAUGUGUACCACAGGUCAUCGGUUUCCUCAGCGGCAAGAUUCCUGAGGAUCAAUACAAAUUCCUAGUGAAGUAUCAAGGUCUCGUGGUGAAGCAACUCGUAGGUCAACACCGAAAAAACAAAGAGGGCGAGGACUCUGGAGAAUGCAGCAACCUUGAGAAUGAUGCAGAAAAUGAUGUAGAGGCAGUUCGAAAGGAGCUGCAAGAAUUAACUCCAUUUGUCAAAGAUCUAGUGCUGAAAGCCAGAAAAAUUUCAGUGACAGAAGAGUGAAAUUCCAUUGGAAAUGAGAUUUUGUGGAAUGACUGAAUUUACCAAUCAAUAUGUACAUUAGAGAGUUAUAAAAUUUUAAAAAUGUCAUUUAAUAUUAAACAGAGAAUAAACUGCCAUAGAUCAUCUUGAUUAAAUUCAUAACAAUUCUUUUAAUAAAAUGUUGUACCUAUAAGACCUAUCUAUUUUGGAUUGUAACAUGAACAUUUAAUAGUUGGAUGUGACAGUGUGAUAUUUUUCUUAAUUGUCUAAUACAAUUCAGAUACAGAGAAAAGAGUAAGAUAUUUACCAUUCUGCUCAGAUUAACACUCAUUAAUCUGUUCAUUCUGCCAUAUUUAUUUGAAUAUUCUUGACUUAUAACAUAGAAAAAUUAAUUCUGCAGGCUGAUAAUGCUGCCAAAUCUUACUGUGCCAUUCUACAAGAAUCUUCACAGAAAUGGGCUGAUGUUUUUUCCCCACAAAAAAAUAGCUUUGUUGAGAAGGAGUAAAUAGUCAAUAUUUCGGGCUGAGACCUUUCAUCAGGUCUUAGCCUGAAAUGCUGAAUAUUUAUUCAUUUCCAUAGAUGUUACCUGACCUCCUGAGUUCCUCCAGUGUUCUGUGUGUGUUGCUGUGGAUAUCCAGCAUCUACAGAAUCUCUUGUGUCUCUGAUGCUCCAGAAAUUCUCAACACACUAUUCUACUGGUAGCCUGGUCAGAUACCGUACCAGGAAUUGUUGUCCAAAAGGUUAAGCUGAAAUAAAUUGUUGGAAGCCAUCUGUGCAUAUGUUGAGGACAUCGAGUACUUUUCUGUUCUUAUUUAGGAAAAAGCAAUGAUAUUUUAAAAAAAUACUAGUGUCACCUUGCACCACAAUGUCUUAAAUAGCAAACAAAGAUCAAUGCUUGAUAGUCUGGAAUAAAAAUACUUGAUUAAAAACUCAUUGAUUUUAAACAUUAAUACGGAUUCUUUUUCUGAAUUCUACUUCCAGCAUUUUGUUUCAGAGUCACACAUAAUUUCCUUCUCAUAUUUUCCUGUAUUUUGACUAGUACUCUAUGGAAUGAACAUAGCUCAAUGUAGAAGACAAGAGGAUUCUGGAGAAUGCAGCAACAUUGAGAAAGCUGCAGGAUACAAUGUAGAGGCAGUUCAAAAGGUGCUGCAAGAAUUAACUCUAUUUGUCAAAGAUCUGCUGAAAGCCAGAGAAACUUCAGUGACAGUAGAGUGAAAAUCCGUUGGAAAUGGGAUCUUAUGGAAUGGCAGAGCAGAUUUGGGCCAAAUGUCCUAAUUGUUUUAUAGUCUUACAGCACGAGUUCCCUGAAAAACAGCCCAGAGAAUUCUGAAAUGAUGAAUACUGUUCUAUUAAAAGAAGUUAACAACUAAUAUUACAAUAACAAAAAUAUAUUUUCAUUAAAGAAAGUAAGUGAAAUUCAUCAAUUCUGUUCCUUUAAUUGUUUGAAUUCUACUGUUAAGGUCAAAGUAAAUUUUUUAUUGAAGUACGCACCAAUAAAAAAUUACGCAGAUUCAUUU